CUGUACCAGAACCGAUUUCUCGGCCUGGCCGCCAUGGCCUCUCCAUCGAGGAACUCCCAGAGUCGGCGCCGGUGUAAAGAGCCUCUUAGGUACAGCUACAACCCUGACCAGUUCAACAAUCUCGACCUCAGGAAUGGGCCACACGACCCAGUCACCAUUCCUCGGUCCACCAGCGACACGGACCUGGUCACCUCCGACAGCCGCUCCACACUCACAGUCAGCAGCUCCUGCUACUCCAUAGGCCAUUCCCAGGAUCUGAUCAUAUACUGGGACAUCAAGGAGGAGGUGGAUGCGGGGGACUGGAUCGGCAUGUACCUCAUAGAUGAGGUCUUGUCUGAAAACUUCCUGGACUACAAGAACCGUGGAGUCAGUGGUUCUCAUCGGGGCCAGAUCAUCUGGAAGAUUGAUGCCAGUUCCUACUUCGUGGAGUCUGAAACCAAGAUUUGCUUCAAAUACUACCAUGGAGUGAGUGGGGCUCUGCGAGCGACCACCCCCAGCGUAACAGUCAAGAAUUCGGCAGCUCCUAUUUUUAAAACUAUUGCCAAUGAUGAGGCUGCCCAGGGCCAAGGAAGCCGGAGGCUGAUCAGCUUCUCUCUCUCAGAUUUCCAGGCCAUGGGGCUGAAGAAAGGGAUGUUCUUUAACCCAGAUCCUUAUCUGAAGAUUUCCAUCCAGCCGGGGAAGCACAGCAUCUUUCCGGCUCUUCCUCACCAUGGCCAGGAGAAGAGGUCUAAGAUCAUAUGUAACACUGUGAACCCCAUCUGGCAAGCUGAGCAUUUCAGCUUCGUUUCCCUUCCUACCGAUGUGCUAGAGAUUGAGGUGAAAGACAAGUUUGCCAAGAGUCGCCCCAUUAUCAAACGCUUCCUGGGGAAGCUGUCCAUGCCUGUGCAAAGGCUUCUGGAGAGACACGCUAUCGGGGACAGAGUGGUCAGUUAUACCCUGGGCCGCAGGCUCCCGACUGAUCACGUCAGUGGACAGCUCCAGUUCCGAUUUGAGAUCACCUCCUCCAUGCACCCAGCAGAUGAUGAGGAGAUCUCCAUGAACACUGACCCUGAACCAGCUGAGCUUCAGGAGAACACUCUGAACAAUCUGAUGGAGGUCAGCCUCCCUGAGGAGACCACAUGUGUCCAGCUGGAGGGGGAGGAGAGCAGGGAGCUGGGUCAGCCAGACAGGGGCAGAGAGGUGAAUGGUUUUGGCAGCGACAGCCUGGAGGGCCCCAGGCCACCUGAGGAGUCCGGCAAAGAGGCAGGAGAAGAUGGCGAGGAUCAUAGUGAGGCUGCUGAGAUUUCUGAGCCUGUGCCAGCAGAGGAGCUGCCCUCACUCAGUGCGGAGGACCUCGAUGCGUGCCCAGACACUCCUCCUCCUCCUCCUCCUCCCUCUCCUCCCCCACCCCUGGAAACCAGCAAUGGCCUCUCAGCCACACAAGAUGAUGGAGAAGCUCCCCCUAGUGCAGAGGAAUUGGGGGCAGAGGAGGCCGGGCCCGAGCCCCUGGCUGGUGAGGGUCAGGAGAAGGAGGAGGAGGAGGAGGAGCAGGUGGACGAGGGGGAGGAGGAGGCCGAGGGGGACGAAGGCCUGACUGACUUGCAGCCGGAAAAGGACGGCCUUCGCCUGCGGCCCUCGGUGAAAAGGAAAAGCCGGCCAUGCUCUCUGCCGGUGUCCGAGCUGGAGACUGUCAUUGCGUCGGCCUGUGGCGAGCCCGAGACCCCACGCACACACUACAUUCGGAUCCAUAACCUGCUGCAUAGCAUGCCCUCGGCUCAGGGGGGCCGCGGCGCAGAGGAGGAGGAAGAGGGCGCAGAGGAGGAGUCCACGGUGAAGGACGUUUCCGAGAAGGACGUGGUCAGUGAGGCUGAGACCGUGGCUCUGGACCCACUGCACCUUGAAGACGGGCCGGAGGCAGGGGAUGCAGAGAUGGGCAGUGCCAGCUUGGUGCCCCACAGUCCAUCUGUCCAGCGUCUCUUGGAUCUGAACAGCGGCUCUUUCACAGACAGCGAGCCCCGUCCCAGCACCGGCAGCGAGAGUGACUCCAGCCCCCGGCAGGGCCGCGACAAUGACUUUGAGGGCUGUGACACGUCCUGCUACAGCACUUCCUGCUACAGCACGUCCUGCUACAGCACGUCCUGCUACAGCACCUCCUGCUACAGCCCAUCCUGCUACGAAGGUAACAACCGCUUCUCCAGCCACACGCGCUUCUCCUCCGUGGACAGCGCCAAGAUCUCCGAGAGCACCGUCUUCUCCUCGCAAGACGACGAGGAGGAGGAGAACAGUGCGUUUGAGUCUGUGCCAGGCUCGGUGCCCAGCCCGGAGCUGGACAGGGAGGCCGGCGAUGGCACCGCUGCCUGGCCAGACGAGCUGGCUGCUCCCCAUGGGAAUGCCACAAGAACAGCAGAUGGGCUCGAGUCCCCAAGCGCGGGACCAAGCAACCGGAGAGAAGGUGAUUGCCCUUUACUCCAAAACUCUCAGCCAGUCGGCCUGCUUCCCUCCCUGAGGCCUGACCACCAUCACUACCCUACUAUCGAUGAGCCUCUUCCACCAAACUGGGAAGCUCGUAUAGACAGCCACGGGAGGGUAUUUUACGUGGAUCACGUCAACAGAACAACCACAUGGCAACGUCCAACAACAGCAGCCACUCCCGAUGGGAUACGGCGUUCGGGGUCUAUUCAGCAGAUGGAACAGCUCAACAGAAGGUACCAGAACAUCCAGCGCACCAUGGCCACGGAACGCUCCGAAGAGGACUCUGGAGGCCCGGCAGGCCCUGAGCAGGCUCUAGCUGGAGGAGGCGGUGGUGAUGGAGGUGGUGGUAGUGGUGGCGGAGGAGGAGGCAGUGACUCUGAGGCAGACUCUUCUCAGCCAAACUUAGAGCUGGGGAGAGAAGGGUCGCUUUCCCCUGGGAACUCUCAGAAAAUCACGCUGUUGCUUCAGUCUCCGGCCGUCAAGUUCCUCACCAACCCUGAGUUCUUCACCGUACUGCAUGCCAACUAUAGUGCCUACCGCGCCUUCACCAACAGCACCUGCCUGAAGCACAUGAUCUUGAAGGUCCGUCGGGAUGCUCGGAACUUCGAACGCUACCAGCACAACCGCGACCUGGUGAACUUCAUCAACAUGUUUGCAGACACCCGCCUGGAGUUACCCCGAGGCUGGGAAAUCAAAACUGACCAGCAGGGCAAGUCUUUUUUUGUGGAUCACAACAGUCGAGCAACCACUUUCAUUGACCCCCGGAUCCCUCUUCAGAAUGGACGUCUACCCAACCACCUGACCCACAGGCAGCAUCUCCAACGACUUCGCAGCUACAGUGCUGGGGAGGCAUCGGAAGUCUCUCGGAAUCGAGGAGCUUCCCUCCUGGCCAGGCCUGGGCACAGCCUUGUAGCCGCCAUCCGGAGCCAGCAUCACCAUGAGUCAUUACCUCUGGCGUAUAAUGACAAGAUUGUCGCGUUCCUCCGCCAGCCAAACAUUUUUGAAAUGCUACAGGAGCGUCAGCCGAGCCUGGCCAGGAACCACACACUCAGGGAGAAGAUCCAUUAUAUCCGCACAGAGGGCACCCAUGGGCUUGAAAAACUGUCCUGUGAUGCAGAUUUAGUCAUCCUGCUAAGCCUCUUUGAAGAGGAGAUCAUGUCCUACGUCCCCCUCCAGGCCGCCUUCCACCCCGGCUACAGCUUUUCCCCGAGGUGUUCCCCCUGCUCGUCACCCCAGAACUCGCCAGGCUUACAAAGAGCCAGCGUGAGAGCUCCCUCACCCUACAGGAGAGACUUCGAAGCCAAACUCAGAAAUUUCUACCGAAAACUUGAAGCCAAAGGAUUUGGGCAGGGUCCCGGGAAAAUAAAGCUCAUCAUACGGCGGGACCACUUGCUGGAAGGAACCUUCAACCAAGUGAUGGCUUAUUCCCGUAAAGAACUCCAGAGGAACAAGCUCUAUAUCACGUUUGUUGGAGAGGAGGGCCUGGACUACAGCGGACCCUCGAGAGAAUUCUUCUUCCUUCUGUCUCAGGAGCUCUUCAACCCCUAUUACGGCCUCUUUGAGUAUUCCGCCAAUGACACGUACACAGUCCAGAUCAGCCCCAUGUCUGCCUUUGUGGAAAAUCACCUCGAAUGGUUUCGCUUCAGCGGCCGCAUCCUGGGCCUUGCCCUCAUCCACCAGUACCUCCUGGACGCGUUCUUCACGAGGCCCUUCUACAAGGCCCUGCUCCGGCUGCCCUGUGACCUGAGUGACCUGGAGUACCUGGAUGAGGAGUUCCACCAAAGCCUGCAGUGGAUGAAGGACAACAACAUCACGGACAUCUUGGACCUCACCUUCACGGUGAACGAAGAGGUGUUUGGACAGGUGACAGAAAGAGAGUUGAAAUCUGGGGGUGCAAAUACGCAGGUGACGGAAAAGAACAAGAAGGAGUACAUCGAGAGGAUGGUGAAGUGGCGGGUAGAGCGAGGCGUCGUGCAACAAACAGAGGCCCUGGUCCGAGGCUUCUAUGAAGUUGUGGACUCGAGGCUCGUCUCCGUCUUUGAUGCCAGGGAGCUGGAGCUGGUCAUCGCCGGCACUGCGGAGAUCGACCUGAAUGACUGGCGCAACAACACAGAGUACCGAGGAGGUUACCAUGAUGGGCAUAUCGUAAUCCGGUGGUUCUGGGCAGCGGUGGAGAGGUUCAACAACGAACAAAGGCUACGAUUACUUCAAUUUGUUACUGGAACCUCAAGUGUGCCCUAUGAGGGCUUUGCUGCUCUCCGUGGGAGCAAUGGGCUCCGCCGCUUCUGUAUAGAAAAAUGGGGGAAAAUAACCUCCCUUCCCAGGGCACACACGUGUUUCAACCGCUUGGAUCUUCCACCGUACCCCUCCUACUCCAUGUUGUACGAGAAGCUACUGACCGCUGUUGAAGAGACCAGCACCUUUGGUCUGGAGUGAGGAGAGGGGAGCGCUCUUGGGGCUGCCCCACUGUGGCCACUGACAUCACCCUCUCUACCCCGCUUCCCAUAGUUUGGGCAUCUCAUGAUUUUGUUUUCAAACCAAAUCAGGAUUGACAAAAGCUGUGCAUGAAGAACUAACUGCCUUCUUCUCCAAUGUCACCUUCAGGCUUCCAUUCUCUCCAGGUUCUCAAUGGACUGCUAGCUCGUAUGCAAUAUUUACAAACAACCCUAUUGAGGUCUGUGUGUAUCUCUCUGCAUACCUCCAUUACUAACAAUGAAAUGCGAAUGCAAGUUAUGCUACACUUGACCAAAUGUUAAUCAAUGUUUACUUUCAUCCAGACUGAU